UAUUGUGAACUGUUGACAUUUACUGACAAUAGUGACAAAGACAAAUGUACGUGUGACUUGUGACAGCGAUUGAAAACAAUGGAUUGGAUUUAGUAUUUUGAUUGUUUCUAGGGGUAAAAAUCUAUCGGAAUUUGGCAACUCUGUUCAAUCAGCUGGUAUUCCCUGUUUUACUUUUCUGACGUAAAUUGUACAUGCGAAUUGUAAACAGCCAACAGUGUUUAAUUGUUUUUACCUUCCUCAAAUGACAUUGUAUUAGUCAUCAUCUGGUAGACUCAGAUUGCACACAUGCAGAAAAUAGAAAAGUAUUUAGACAACAUCACUAAUAAGAUGGCAAAAACCAACCAAGAAGUGGUGUUCGAAGGUUGGUUGACCAAAUCACCACCGACAAAGAGGAUUUUAAGAGCGAGGUGGAGACGUCGUUGGUUUUCCUUAACACAAGGUGAAUUGCCAGGACAAUAUGUGCUGAAUUAUUAUACUGACAGAAAUUGCAGACAUUUAAAGGGUGUUAUAAAUUUGGACCAUUGUGAACAGGUUGAUUUAGGUCUUCGGUUGGAAGAAAGAAAAUUAAAGUUUGAUCAUGUGUUUGAUAUCAAGACUCCUACCAGAACAUACUACUUAGCAGCAGAUACAGAAGUGGAAAUGAGAUCUUGGGUGAAGUGCAUCUGUAAGGUAUGUGGGUUAAGAGCAGAUGCAGCAACGAAUGACGAUGAAGAGUCAAGAAUUUCAGGGAAUCUCAGUAAUAUGCCUUCAGAUGUAGAAGUUGUGGAGGAAGAUAGUGGUACAUUAAAAAGAAAUAAUAUUACCCCCGUUAGUACUAGUCCUUACAUUCCAAUAUCAGAAUGUAUGACAGGCAAAUAUCCUGUUUUUGAUAGGCAGGAACUUAAUUCUCUGACCCAAAAAGUAACGAGUUGGCAAAAUAAUACAUAUGGAACUGGAUCUUCCCAGAAAAUAUAUUUAAAUUAUGUUAAUGACAUUCAAAUGUUUUACGAUAGUCCAAGGAGUCAUAUAGCGAAAUCCCCCCCAAACGACACAAAACUAGAUCAAACAGCUGAUCAAGGUAACGAUGGUUCCCCCUUGCAAAGUCCCACUGAUUCAGAGAAUGUAUUCAUCGAAGGAGAUUGGACUGAUAAUGCAUCAUCUGAAGGGAGGAGGGUUAAAAGGCCAUCUACGGGUUCAAUCGACUUGGAUCUCAUCGCAACUCAAAAGUUCACAAAGACUGAAGCGCCUCCUAGGCCACCCAAACCUACAAAUGUCGUUCUUCAAAAUUCUCCCAAUUAUUUGAAUUUAUCUCUGCCGCCAAGUAGCGACCAGAAGGACCCUACGACGGGCGAAGUUACUACAAAUAAUGAAUCACAGAAAAUCGUCACAGAUGAGAUGUAUGAUUUUCCGAGAUCGCACCACGUAGAGACGGAUACUUUGAGGCAUUCGUUCACGAGAAGACACUGCUACAAUAACGCCGCGCCGGUCCGGUUGGACGGUCAGAUAUUCAAGUAUGACAUUUCUCCCAAGCCCAGCACGAGUCAGGUGUUCAGGUACGAUCUGAACGACACCCAGGAAGAACCGGCGUCGCCGCAUUCUCAAGGCUCCUCCACUCCGGCCUAUUCCAACCUUCCGAGUCCCCUGCUCACCGAGACGCAGCUGAUGCCGCCCCCGAUCGUGCAUCGAGAGCUCAAACCAAAGAGGAAACUGUCAGAUUCCCUGUCUAUAUGCUCUAUGAACGAACCGCCCUCUCCCAGGAGCGCGCCAUCGGUGGACAGGAAGUUGAAGCCGCCUACACCACUACAGGAGGCUCACAUGAGAAGAAACGCCAACAUGGACGAGGACCGCAGGCUGAGGGCGGCCCCUAGCCCCUCUCCCUUGAGCAGGGCCCACUCGGACGAAAACCUACCUUCUCCCCUGGAGGGCGAUUACAUAGUGUCCAAGAUGCAAUAUCUGGACCUCGACCUGGACUGCAAGAUACCCAGUUCGUCGUCCGUAGGCAUCGUCAAGAACGAGUCCAGCACGGUGUACAAAGAGGUCGACUUCAAGAAGACUCACGCGUUCAACAUCACAAAGAACAUCUUGGAGAAGGAGAGACAGGACACGGUCGCUUUUCAUAAGAAAUGAGGCAGGUGUCGUCUCUCUCGUCGGUAUUUUUUUUUUUGUAUUAUUUAUGUAUAUUUGCUCACUAGACUGUUAUUUUUUUUUUUAAUAUUAUAUGAUUAAUCUUCGAUGAUCGAUGGGAUGAGAUGGUCAAAUCAUGACUCAGCGUUCGGAAUUUCCUUUAGUUUCAGUAAAGUUGAAGGAGAUUAUUGAGGGUAAGUCUUUGAUUGGUGAACGAGCCCGAUUUUCGGUAUAAACAUAGACAAUAGUAUAUUAUUCAACUAGCGUAUUAUGGUAUCCUAGUUGCAUACUGUACUUUUUCCGCCAUUGCGUAGUAGUGGACGAAAAUUUCUUUUGUUUGCUGGCCUCGGCUACGUCGCCUUAGUUGCCAAUUCUAUCAGUUCUGGAAGAGCGUUACUGAUAUCCAUAUCGCUAUCACUAUUCAUAUUCGAUUAUUAUAAACACUUACUCAUAUUCAAACUACGUUCUUAAUUCACUCGUAAAGUUUGCGGAUUUCGUGAAAAAUUCAUUCGAUAAUAAAAACUGACAGUUAUUAUCACUGGCACUAAUGUUUCAUUAUGGAUUUUCAUCAAGUAUGGGCCACUUUAAUUCGAUAUUUCACGAAAAUGACUCGAUGGCUGCUCUCGUACUGUGACGACAGCGGACGAAAAGUGUUUACGGACGAAAAAUAAUUCCUUCGAGUUUCAUUUUCGACAUAAGUUCGAUUUUUGUCAAUAUUUUGUCGAGGUUAUUCCGAAAAUGGCUCCCUGUAGCACCCUUGAAACCAAAGAAACGAACUAUUCGAAGAUAAUGAGUGAAAUAUGAACCACUGUCAUGAAUUAUUUUUACUGAUCACCCUGAGUGAAUCUUCUUCCGUUAACUAUACUAUAUUUUCCUACUCCUUAUCGCAGGUUCCAGUUACGCGCUUUGAACGAAUUCCUAUCGCAAUUUCGGUUUAUAAAAAAUCAAAACAUAUCUCAAAAUGAUAUUGAUACAACGUGUAUCCAAAAAACAUGAUACUACCGACGUAAAAUCAAAACUAAACAUAUCGUAUCUUACCAAUAACCAUUUCUUACUCCCAAGGUCGGAUACCUUCAGGAGAAAUGGGAAGAAGGUUCUCGAAAACCCCGGUUAUAAGGCUAGCCAUUCAGGAAUGCUUCAGAUGCAUACACCCAGUUACAGAGACGCCAAUGAUAAUUUAACGGUCCCUUCAACUUUUAAUCCUCCAUGCAAAGGGGUAUACAGGUUUGGUGAAGGCUGAUCUAGGGAUAGGAAAUAUCCCAUGAGAGGAAAGUUGAAGGCAAAUCGCAUCAGUUAAACAAGGGAAAAUUUUAGAACAAUUUUCCCCGCUUGAACUUCGAAUUGGGAGAGGAGGAGAAAUAUUUUUUCUCUUUAUUUCCCGCCUGGUUUUGUCCAUACAUCUUUGUUCCACUCGUGCAUUUGCUACCUCAGGACAAUUUUUGCCGAUCCUGUAUGCACCGUUUAAUGGAGGAUUAAAUUAUAAUUGACUUCCCGGAAUGGGCGAUAGUGUCUUAAGAAAAUUCGUGAUAUAUCGAUUUCGUGCAAUAUUGAGAACGUCUUUGCAUUCAUUAACUGCGACGUUGAAACUCAUUAAAAAAACAUUUGAACGGUAUAUUUAGCAAUGUUCUAAAGUGGCUAUGACGACUGAAACAAAAGAUGUGCAGUCUAACGGUUCUGCCGCCUACUGCCUAAAAAAUAAUACUUACUGCACGUGAAUUUCUUCUUUUUGUACUAAAGAAACGCUACUUGAUAUUUUUUUAAAAUUUUAUAAAUAGCACAAUGCAUUAGGUAACAACUCGAUGUUCUAAUGGCGGUGUUUUUCAUCUCCUGUUCUAUCCGUUUCGAUGGACAAUGUGAUUUACAUGUAAUUUACACUCAAGGACAAUCAAAAUCGAGUGAAAAGGUGCAAUUUUGGAAAAAAAAUUGAUUUUAUGUAUUUAAAAAUUGUUGAGACUUAAUUUUUCAUUUUAAGAUUUUUGAUUCCUGAAAAACUCGUGGCCAUUCGUGAAUUUCAUAUCAUUUUGUAUCGAAAAAUAUUUAAAAGAUUUUUAUGAAUAAUAUUUUUAGGCUGUAAGAGUAUUGAUUAGUCAAAUAUUUUAAAUAUGUUGAACAUUGAAUUUUUUACAAAUAUAUGUAUAGUAUUAUC